AGCCUCUGGGGUCGAUUUGUUCGGUUCGGUUUUUUCUCUUUUUUGUGUUUAUUUUUCCUUAUUCUUCUCGCUGGUUUUGUGUGUUGUGUGUGUCUCUGUGUCUAUGUCGCCCCGCAACCUCCCUCCCAACGCUGCCUCCCCCACGUGAUAAUGCCGCGCUGUCUGAUGGCCAAGAAGUGGAAGUCGUACCCGUGGCCCCAGGCUGCGGAGGAGGAGGAGGAAGAGAUCGACGUCGUAGGAGAUGCUGUCGGGCCUUCGCCCCAGUGCUGGGGUCCGUCUAGUCCCACCGCCGCCGCCACUGCCCCCAGUCCGCCUCCGCAGUCGCCGCUACCCUCCGACACUGAUACUGGCCGCACCAUCCUCUACCAUACAGGCUAUGAUCUUCCCCACUACUCCGCCUUCCUCCCUCGCGAGCCGUCGGUCACGCCACCGUCCUACGCCACCCUCCAGACGCCCUCGGAGUCCCUCAGGGCAGUUCCUCGGCCCAAGUCUCUGGCCAUGUGCUACACCAGCACGGGCGCCGCUCUGUCUCUGCCGCCGAAAAAGAAGGACAUCUACAGGCCUUACUCCCUGGACGACCGGCCCUCGUUGCCAUGGAGACCUGCCGAGGAGGAUCUGUCCGCCGCUCAUGCUAUCCUCGACCUUAGUGCUUCCACGCCUGCACCACUGCCACAAGUACAGGUAGAAAGCAAGCAGUCACAGGGCAAAACCGUCGCUUACACCUACGAGGCCUUCUUCAUCAGCGACGGGCGGUCGAAGAGGAAAACGGUGCCGGGAAUACUGGAGGACUCGAGGCCCAAAUACACCUGCAGCGAGUGCGGCAAGCAGUACGCCACAUCGUCCAACCUGUCGAGGCACAAACAGACACACCGGAGUCUCGACUCUCAGGCGGCCAAGAAGUGCAUGACCUGCGGCAAGGCGUACGUGAGCAUGCCGGCCCUCGCAAUGCACCUGCUGACCCACAAGCUGACCCACGGCUGCGGCAUCUGCGGCAAACUCUUCUCCAGACCGUGGCUGCUGCAGGGACAUCUCCGGUCACACACGGGGGAGAAGCCGUACGGCUGCGCUCACUGCGGGAAGAGCUUCGCCGACAGAUCCAACCUGCGCGCUCACAUGCAGACGCACUCACUCGACAAGAACUUCGAGUGUACCAGGUGUCACAAGUCCUUCGCUCUCAAGUCCUACCUCAACAAGCACCUGGAGUCCGCGUGUCUGGGAGACGACGACGUCCUGGGGUCGAACUCCCACAGCUAUCCUCCAUCCGUCUAGUCCUCGUUGUGGGUAGGAGUCCUCUUCUACUCUUCGGAUAUCUUCACUAACUAUCGACGACACUGUCUUCUAUUUUUUAGUUUGUCCUUAUCGAAACCGAAUUACUUUUCUAGUCAAAUCUAGUCACACCGCGAUACAGGGAGAUCCAAGAGGGAAGGGAUUCAGUGGCCUACGCCCUAGUCUCACGUAGCCUUAGUUAGACGCUGUGCACCGUCCACUUUACGUGUCUAGUCAGAGUAUCUAAGUCUUAGUUUUAACGAGAAUCAAAAGAGCGCUAUAGAUUUGUACCCGCGUGUUGUUAUAUCGUGUGUAUUAUUUCGGUUUCUAGUCGAGCGUACGCUUCGUUUCCGUUCAUGUUAGAUUCGUUAGAGAGCUAUGCGAUGAAGCGGUAGUUUUGUAAAUGAGUUUUCCGUUUUGCUCGUGUUCGAGUGUGAACAACGCGUUUCUAAACAACGAAGUAUUUAUCGAAAUAUACAACGAUGUACUAGUCAGUAUUUUGUAAGUAUCGGUAGACGUAAUUGUACAUAGGUGCACUUAUAUACAGUUUCAUUGAUCCGUUUUGAGGUUAUGUUUGUAUUUUGAGGGUAACAUUUCAUCGAAAUGACCGUAUGACUUUUGAUCUCACCCGUAGAGUAGGCAGACCACUAUUCAGUUGCCGUUUAGGUGUUAGAGUAGUCAUAUAUGUCGGGUUUAUAUUUUUUUUGCAAACCAUGCUUGUGAACUCAUAUUCUCUCUUAUUCACAUUGAUGUCAAGGUUUGAAUGUAAAAUAGUCAUCAGUUUGGCAGCGAUAAAAGACAUGUAAAAAGACACCGAUUUUCCGGUUCAGCAUCAAUAAUUUUUUGUUAUCUAUAGAAAUGGACGGACAGAAUGUUAUUUAAUACAAUAUUCCUUAUUCAUUUUAAAAUUUUUACUACUGAAUUUUACAUUAAAUUUAACACCCAUAAAUAUUUAAAUAUAUUUCCAAAAUGUUUAAGCAGGCAUGGUAUAGUGUUAUUUGCCUGAGAUUUUCGAUCCAGUCAUUCAGCUAGAGUUCCAAAGAUGUUUGUAAUAAAAUGUAAGAAACUUUGUUUUAUUGUAUAUACUUCGUUUUAAGUCAUGUAAAGAGUCAUGUAUAUUAUACAUAAACAAAACGGAAUUGAAAUCACAAUUUUCAAUUGGUAUCCGACUUUCAAUUUUUCUUCAAACCUUUUCUAAAACUCCUCAAAAGUUGAUAACUUAUUAUGUUCCCAAACGAUAAAUAUUUGGAAAAUAAAAUACAUCAGAGAAAACAGUAAAUGUUCAGAUCGGUUUUGUUACUGUAAUAUAUUGUUAUUGACGUUUCCGUUUGCUAUUCGUACCAUACAGUAACAUUCCAAGUUCUAGUCAGGGUCUAGUCCCUUAUUUUGUAGUCAUAGUGUAUAUAUUCGUGUAUAGAACGGCAGGGGAAGGUAUUUGUGCAAUAUGCAGUAGAUAGAGUGUGACUUGCGUUCCGUUUGCAUUUAUCAGUUAAAACAUUUAAAAAAAGGUGAUUCGCUCUGUUCUUAGGGGUUGCAAAUGUUUGCACAUUUCGUACAAUUUUUCUAUUGACUUCCUUGGUAAUAUUGUUUCAUUAAAUUGUAUGGUACCAUACAGGUAUGACUUAUUAAAACCACAAUUCUUUAAACUCACACUUAUUCUCUAUUGCAUGCAACAAUCUUUUUCUAAAUGCUUUACAUGUAUUUUGUCUCUAUAUAUAUUUAAUUAUCAUCUCCUUUUUACUUCUUUCCCGUUCAACAUGCUUAACAUAAAAUAUUUAAAUCCUCAAAAUACUGUUGAUAAAACAAUACAUUAAUUAUAAUUUCUUAUAAAUACGAAGUAACUACAUACGAUUUACACAAAACAUCAAUUUUUAUCAAUACGAAGUAAGUACAUUCAAUUUACACAAAAACAUCAAAUAUCAAAACCAACUACUUUCAUUGCACUCAACUCUAUUCUUCAUCUUCUCUUCACCCUGCUUUCCUCUUACUCUGUUCUACUGUCGCUUCUAUAAUGCUCUAAUGUAUACCUUCUAAAACUACCCUAUACUGUAAUACUCUAUCCCACUCUUCCAACUAUCUCUUCUUCCUCUUCUUCUUCUUCCUCUUCUUCUUUUCUUCUUCUUCUUCCUCCUCUUCUUCUUCUUCACAACUACUAUAACUUUCCUUCUGCGUUCUUCUUCGUCUCAAUCUGUCCACUUUAACCUUUCCCUGAGGCAUUUUUCCUCUGUUUACGCUUGACUGAGGUAAGUAGCCCAGAGCCGGGGGGUAGGGUUUAUUGGUUUUGGGGGGGGUCGCCCCAUGUUUGCUCUGCGGCGUCAGCAAACAUCACCGCUCAGAUGCCGUUUGUUGUGCGUGUUUGGACGGGCUUAGAGUGCUAAUUGUGAGCAAAUAUAAGAGCGCAACAUCAUUAGGCGUAAUCCUGUAAGCUCAUUAGCGGGACAAAAGACACAACUGUUGUGGUCAGACGAAAAGGAUUUCGUCCGCAUUCAUUGUUGGUAACAGCAUUGAAUGUAUAACACUAUAUUCAUUGGUAAAAGGAAAGAUAAACUUGUAUUCAUAUUCAAAGCUGUCAAUAAAUACGUCUUAUUAUUGAAGCGCCCACCGCCCACUAUGAGUUUUUUAUACAGUACUAUGAAUAUGGUUGUAGUGCUCACAGCAAAAUUUGAAAGUUGCUGAUUCAAUUUCAGAGUGUUCUUCAUUUUUAGACAAAUCUGUUAUACACCAAAAAUUUUUAAAAAAUUAUAAAAUUAUUGUGUUUCCCUUUUUAAAACGAGCAUUUAACAAAGAUUGUUUGAAGCUAUAGUCACUAGUCCUUCUCAAGUAUUGUUCCGCCCUUUACAAGAGAAGCGCCAGAACAGCCAGCAUUAGCGUAUGAAUGGGAACACAGAGCGCCAUUGUGACUGUAAAUCUUGCCGUAGCACCCCCGAACAAUAGUGGACGAUAUUUCAUCCCCAAGUAUUUUGCAAAGGUAAAAAGCACACGAUUCGCAAAUCCCGACAAUCCAGUAAUGGGUUUUAAUUCCGGUAAUAGUUAAAAACUCCAUCUCUCAUUCGGACGACAAUGAAUCCCCCGCCCCCUAACGGCUCCUGGGGGAACUAACCCCUGCCAAACAAACAAUGUCAUUCCAACGUCGGGGAUUCGCUUCGUUUACAACAUUGCGAUGUUCUCUCACUCUCUCUCUAUCCCCCUAUUUCUCUCUAACUCUUUCUCGCUCCCUCUAUUUUCUGUCUCUCUAUCCCGCAUGUCCCAAUGAAUACUCUCAUUUGCAUGCAAGUCACUACCUACUUUAGAAUAUGGAACUUUGAAAGUUGAUAAUUGUUGGGGACACUUAAAAUUGCUAUUGUAAAAGGGAGAUGUGGAAAACCAACUCUACACCAUUGUUUAUAAAGUGUUUUUUUCGUACAUACACUACUAUCCCACCAUUGGUAGUACAAAUACACAUAAUGGCACAUUUACACUCUCCUUCUCUUUCAUCUUUACCUCUUCUCAUCUAUCUCUUUUCUGUCUCUUUACUAGUCCACCCUUCACCUGUACUUCUGUAUCGUCUUUUCUUCAUCUCUUCACCUUCCACCUACUUUUUACUUCUUAUCUCUAACUUCUGUGUCUAUCUGUCUUCCAUAGUGUACUUUCGUGGUGCUACUAUUUUCUCCUUUACAAGAUUAUUCACUAACGUAUUCUACUAAUUCUGUGUGUACUGGCCCCGUAUUACAGAGCGAAUCAAGAUUGAAACGAGUGGGUUCUAGUCAAUGAAACAUUCCAACUAAGUACUUAAUUAGGAUAAGAAAUUUAGAAUAAGAUUGUAUAAAUAGUAUAAAGUUGUAAUAUAGAGCAAUAACUGACGAAAGUCACUUGUAACUCAGUCAUCGAUACUUACGUUUACAAUUAGAGUGUUAGGGUUGAAUUUUUGUAGAAAAUAGGCUGAAUGUUUCACCAAAUACGAAGCAAUGUUAUGAUCACUAUUCAGUAUUCAGAAGCGGUAAUAUUUACGUCAAUUACCUAAAAAAUAUUGUGUGAAAAACAAAAGUGCGAUCAAGAAAUUUGUCUAUUUGUUACAGUUUUAUUGAUAUUGUUGAGAAAUGUAAAGUUUUAUUGUUAUUUGUUGGUAACAUUGCUUCCGGCGUGUGUGCACGUAGUGAAUGACGUAGUGUGUGUAGAUGACACUUGAUUUUGUUACUAGUUUUUGUAAACUUGUAUUUUGUACAUUCAUUAUUGGCGAUAGCGCGGGGUAAGAUGACUUUGAGAACGAAAACUAAUGAGUGUUUUUUGUAGUAGUUUGUAGGUUUUUAUAACGUUUACCAAAAACUUUACCUGGGUUUUAAAAUUGUUUUACAACUUCAUAAUGUGACUAAUGUGUUUACAAAUUGUUAUAAUUGUCAAGUCAAUUGUAAGUUGUAAUAGUGUUUUACACUAGAUAUUGUUGGAAUGUGUCCAACAGCAAUAAUGCUAUGCAUAUUUUCGAUCUUGUAUAGUUGUAAUACUAUUGUACUACUUGGAACAUCUGGAGAACAAUUGUACUGUACUAGUGUCAAUUUCGAGAUUUCUUUUGCUUGUUACUUUUAUGGUACCAAAAAUUCUAAAAUACUUUUACAUUUCAUCAAAAGCAAUAUUGUAAGCAAUCAUGUAUGUCGAGUGUUCAUAAAAAGCAAUAUAUUUGUGAAAGUUCUUGUUCGAAAGGUGGUUUUAUCCUGUAAAAGCCUCGUAUUCACAAGCAAUAAUAUUGUAGGAGGGGGAACCCCCACAAUAAUGUGUAGAGCAAUAUAUAUAAUAGUAAUAUAUACGUAGGUUAAGUUAUACCCGUACAAGCUAGAUAUACACUCAUUCCCUUUCCAUUUUGGAUUAAAGAGACAUUACCAACUGGGACUUCCUAUCUUUCAUUCCAUUUCAACGAAGAACAAGCAUAAUGUGAUAGUUAAUGUUGACGUCUCCUUAAUUCAAAGUUUUGCCAGUAGAUUUGCUCAAGUUUGUUUCUCACUUAGGCCACGCCCCUCAUCCCAUCUCACCUAUCGUUUUACAAAUAGUGAUCGAAUUUUGUAUUAUAUUAUUAUAUUUUCGUAAUAAAUAGAUUGUAAAAUG